ACCUUGAUAAAUGAUAAUCCAUCUUCUAAUGACGUCAUCUAUAGGAAGACAUUUUACCCCAGAGAAAGCCUCGUCGGGAAAUGCGUAGGAACAGUCGAAAAAUAGAUUACAAAUAUCUUGUCAUUUCAAGUCGCUCAAGGUGAAUAAAGUUACUUUAUAAGUACGACAAAGCAACGUGGAUUUUAUCGUUUUACUGUUAGGCAAAUUGGAAUGCGAACUUCCGUGAUGUAUGCGCUGUGAAGCGUGUUGUUUUUUUGUGUAUACACUUUGGAAAUUAGUAGCAAUUCAUAGUGUGUGCGUUGUUUUUUAACGAUUUAUUGUACUGAAAUACAUCAUUACAUCAAGAUGGCUACAUCUGAGAAUGAGGACAUGUGUGCUGUUUGCGGGGCACCUUCGACGGGCUAUCAUUACGGGUGCUAUGCUUGUGAGGGAUGCAAGAGCUUUUUUAAAAGAACCGUACAAAAAAAUCUCAUGGAAAAAUACCAAUGUCAGAACGGCGACGAUAGCUGCGAGGUGACGCUCGAAUCUCGUGCGAAAUGCCAGUCUUGUCGCUUGAAGAAGUGUCUUAACGUUGGAAUGGUUUUCGGAGGUGUCAGAGGUGAUCGACAGAGAGGUGGAAGAUCUUUUUAUCCACUCAAAACACCUGAUGAAGACUCUCCGCAGUCCACAACAGAUACUGUUAAAGAAGAAGCUAUGAGCCCUACAAGCGAACCAAACACACCAAAGGAAACCUCAAUCGUCUUACAACAGUUGUUGGAAGCAUCACCAGCUAUAAUACCUCCAGGCGAAUAUCUACUCAGACCACCUUUGGAAGAUCCAGAAAUUAAUAUCCCGCUCACUCGUUUAUCAAACGGACUGUCCAUCGAACUUAAGUUAAUUGUUGAUUGGGCAAAGGCUGUUCCUGGCUUUUCUGAGCUGGUGAAAGAAGAUAAAAUCAAAUUGCUAUCAUCAGCUGCCAUGGAGCUCCAGGUCUUUAGAGUUCUGUAUCGAUCAAUGCCCUAUGACCAGAGUUUGCAUUUGAAUCAACCGACUGUGCUGACGAAGGAUGAGUGUUAUAUCUUUCUUAGCGAGGAGUUGGUUGACGGAAUGUUGGAGGUCGUUCAACGUUUGCGAGCACUCAUGAUUGACGAAAGUGAAUUUGCUUGCUUGAACGCAAUCCUGUUAUUCAAUUGUGACACAGAAGGUCUUGUACAUCGAGACACAGUUGAGACGCAGCGUCAAAUCAUUAUGGAGACGCUCAAGGAAUACACAGAACAAAAACAAUCCGGACGCUUUGCAAAGAUAUUGCUUCGUUUACCUGUCCUUCGUCAAGUUUGCAACAAGGGCUAUCAUUACUUUGUCAGAGUACAACUGGAGGGCGAAGUUACAAUGUCUACAUUACUCACACAAAUGUUUGAGAAAGCUAGAAUUUAAAUAAGAUUAUUUUAGGAUAUAGUUUUUUAUACUUGAUCUGCCAGGCUUAGAGUUGCAUGAUAAACUUCAUGUGCCUCAUAAAGGGAAUCAUAAUCGGGAUGCAUAAAGACUAACUAAUGAGGAGAGGUGAAAGUAAGGGGAGAGGUGAAAGUAAGGGGAGAGGGGGGGAAUGACCCUACACUCUCAAUACCACCAAUAGUAUAAUCUGUUCUUAUUUCUUAUAUCAUUUUGACCAUUUUGUGAUUUGUCUUACAAUACUGUGCAUAACACGACCAUUAAUUCACAAAUUUUAUGUAAUAAUGAGAUUAAUGUUAUAUAAUAAAAAACUAGACUUUACUAUAAUAGUUCACAAUUUCAUCAACAUUUUAGUAUAGAAUGGAUAUAUUUUAAUUUC